CUUCCACUCUCCUUUCUUCACCACCCUCAACUUCAUAUCCUCUUUCUUGAUUUUCCGGCCGUUUCCGAUCAUCUCUCUUAUCUGCAGAAGACAUGGCAGCUGCUUCCCAAGCUUUUCUCUUGCUCGCUGCAGUUUUCACAUCCAUGGCGGCCGUUGCCAUGUCCAGCCCCCGGCCUAACUUCGGUAACUGGCGGGGAAACUGGAAACCACCCGGCGGUGGCGGCGCCGCCUUUAACAAAACCAACUGCCCCUCCACCCACCCGAACACCACCCACACUUCCAACGAAAUCACCGUCGGCGGCCCUGCUCACUGGCAGUUCGGAGUUAACUACAUCGACUGGACCGUCAAGAACGGCCCUUUCUUCGUUAAUGACACUCUCGUUUUCAAGUUCGAUCCUCCGAAUGCGACCACCCACGCACACAGCGUCGUCCUGCUGCCGAACCUGCGGGCGUGGAUGAAGUGCGACGUGAGCAGAGGGAAGAAGCUCGCCGUCCCGACUCAAGGCGGCGGAGAAGGGUUCAAGUUCGUGUUGAAGAAAUGGCAGCCCUACUUCUUCGCCUGCGGAGAGAAAGAUGGCUUCCACUGCAACAAUGGCACCAUGAAGUUUGCUGUGAUGCCUAUGAUGCGCCGUUUCCGUUAGGUCGACGGCGUCCGAUGAUCUGUUACUCUUAACUUAGAUCAUAUCGUCGUCGGAGCAAAAAAUACUAAAUUUGGGUGCUUUAGCUUCUUUUUUGUUUGUGUUUAAUGACAUAGUGAGAUGAAAAGGUUGUUGUAAUAAUAUAAUGAGAGAUUUGUCUUCCACUGUACUGUGGAGAGGAAUUCAUUUGCAUUUGAAAUUAAAGGAAACUUUUGUUGAUGUUUUGUACUAA